AGGGGACAGCGCCGGCCCCGCCGCUUCCGCCCCAUAGGCGGGGCGUUGUGCGCUGGUUACCGGUAGGAACGCGGCCCCCGCCGCUGUCCCGCAGGGCGAUGGAGCAGCCCCGGCUCAUCACCGACUCCUUCCCGUUACGGCGGCGGCGGCAGCGGCCGGGCCGAGCCCCGGGCACGGGUAAAGGCAAAGGGAAGGGGAAAGGCACGGGGUGCCCCCGGGUUCCAGCGGCGGAGGAGGAGCCACCGGGGUCCGGUCCGGAUCCGAGCGUCCUGGAGAUGCUGCGGAGCUUCGAUCUGGCGUGGGAGUACGGGCCGUGCACUGGAAUCACCCGCCUGCAGCGCUGGGAGCGCGCACAGGAGCUGGGGCUCAGCCCCCCGGACACGGUGCGUGAUGCCCUCCUGGAGCAUCAGGAUGAUCCCAGCAUCAUCUACAAGUGGGUAUUAAACGGGA